UUUGCAAAGGUAACAUCGGGAGUACAAAGUCCGACGCGGGAAGUCCAUGUGACCAGCUUAGAAGCUGAACCUGGCCAAUUUUCAUUUGUGCACGUUUGGCGCCCCCCUCCAACUAAAUUUCCGUAUCACACCCCAGAAACUUCAUUGUUUUCUCUUCUCUUCUUUCUCUGCUCUUCUGGGGUUUCGUUCAUUUUUCUAGGGUGUUUCGCUCUGCCCUUUAAAGCUCCCACGAUAAUUUUGCAAGCUUGUAUCCGUAUUAAAUCAGGUUAACGGAAGAAUCGCGGCAGCUUCCUCUGCGGAGGGUGGCCGGAGCUUAAUUUUAGCCUCAUUUAUUCCAUAUUUCCAUGACUUUUACGGUAUGUUUGUUCCUUACGCUUCACUAUUUUUUUGGAUUGGGAAUGUCGUAGAUCAACACCGUUAACCUGAUCAAAUUGCUUGAAAUAUAGUGAAAAAUUUGUUUGUAAAACUGCGAAUUAGUCGAAAUUUGCGAAAUUUUUUGGUCAAAAUUGAUUGUCGUCGAAAAGUUUUACGGUGAUCGUUAAAGGAGGAUUAUGCCACGAGUUUCACGAUGUUUUUUCGUCUUGUUCCGUUCUUUGUUGAGCUCACGAAAGAGAAAAGCCUUGUCUUGCCGAAAAUAGUUGAUAUUCAGUGGAAGUUUUGUGCUCCGAACGUUAUAUUUGUCAAAUCAGUGUAAAGGACAGUAGACAACUUGUUUUCUGAUAAUCGUGGAAAUACUGUGGAAAAUUCGAUCGCCGUUCAAAGAUAUCAUACGUUUGUUAUAGGAGAAACCGUGGAAGCAUUUUAAGGUCUCAGACUCCUAAGGGUUUUAACUGGUAGCAUCACAAAAUUUGUAAAGUUCAAAGAAUUCUUCUGUUCGCUUUUAUUGUCCUUUGGUUAAAGUUUUCUGCAUUGGCAGUGUUGCCAUUUUAAGAAUAUUUUGUCAAUCACUUUUCCAUCCAGAAGAGUUAAAGGUUCUUUGCAAGACACUUUCUUGCUCACUGUUGAAUGUUUUGGUGCUUAGCUUGAUGUAGAGUAAGUUCCGGAGAUUUUUGUAAGGAAACUAUCUACACUCAACCACUUGGUUUAACAGGCUGGGGAGGAAAGGAGUUAGAUAUCAAAAUGAAGCGUGAUUUUUGUGAUAUUUCUGAUGAUGAGUGGGGCGAUACAACAGUAAAACUGUCCAGAGUAAUGAAGAGACCUGCACGCGAGAACAAUAUCAGCAAUGGUAAUUCUCAGAAAAAGGAUAACAAAGCCCUUCCUCCACUUGAAUCUUUUGCAUUUAAACAGAAAAACAAUGAAGCAGCUGUUGGACAUCAAGUAUCUGAUCAUCAAUUAGAGGAUGACGAUUUUCAGUUGGGAAAAAGUAGAUCUAAUGGCAGCAGAGGAAGGCGAUUUGUCGUUGCUGAUGAAAGUGAUGAAGAAUUUGAUCAAGCAGCUGGAAAUGAUAAUAAUGUUAUCUGCCUUCCUGUUAGUGAGGAUGGAUCUGAUGGAGUUGAAGGUCAGUGUGUAGAAAUUCUCGAUGAGGAAGAUGUUGCAGAGGAAAACAUUGAAGUUGCAGAAGAUGAUGUUGUAGGGAACGCCCUGCAAAAGUGUGAUCAGAUUGCAGUCACAUUGCGCGAGGAGCUUUCUGGCAGUGGAUCAGCAAAUAUCAACAUGUGCUAUGAUAGAUAUGCAGAGGUGGAUGCCACUGUGACAAAAAUUGUAACACAGGGGGACAUUGAUGCUGCCUGCAAUAACAGGGACUCUUCAUUUCAACCAAGUUUGAAGCCUUAUCAGCUUGUUGGGGUUAAUUUUCUACUCUUGCUGCAUAGAAAGAAGAUUGGAGGAGCUAUAUUGGCUGAUGAGAUGGGCCUUGGCAAGACUGUACAGGCUAUAACAUUCUUGACAAUGCUCAAAUAUUUGGACAACGAUCCAGGUCCCCAUUUAAUUGUUUCUCCAGCUUCUGUUUUAGAGAAUUGGGAAAGAGAACUUAAAAAAUGGUGCCCUUCAUUUUCUGUCCUUCAGUUUCAUGGAACUGGACGGGCAGCCUUAUCAAAAAGACUAAAUCAUCUUUCAAAGUCUGGUGGACCACCACCUUUCAAUGUGUUACUGGUGUGCUAUACACUUUUUGAAAGGCACAGUGAGCAACAGAAAGAUGAUCGCAAAGUAUUGAAGAAGUGGAGAUGGAGCUGUGUGGUAAUGGAUGAAGCACAUGUUCUCAAAGACAGAAGCAGCUAUAGGAGGAAAAACUUAAUGGCUGUUGCUCAGAAUGCAAAACAGAGACUAAUGCUUACAGGAACACCGCUUCAAAAUGAUCUUGAGGAGCUUUGGUCCCUCUUGGAGUUUAUGAUGCCAAAUAUUUUUGAGACUGGUGAUGUGGACUUGAAGAAGAUUUUGGGUGCUUCAGCAGAAGACAGAGACUUGAUUGCUCGUAUCAAAUCAAUAUUGGGGCCAUUUAUUUUGAGGCGCUUGAAAUCAGAUGUUAUGCAGCAGUUGGUACCAAAGAAUCAUAAGGUAGAGUUUUUGACUAUGGUUCCAGAACAAGCCGAUGCAUAUAGAGAGGCUAUUGAAGAAUAUCGUUCAGCUUCUUUAGCGCGUCUGGCAAAAAGUACAGGGUCAGACAUAUCAAAUGUUGUUGGUUUCCUUCCUCGGCGUCAGAUUUCUAAUUAUUUUAUGCAGUUUCGUAAGAUUGCAAAUCAUCCUUUGCUAGUGAGGCGUCUCUACACAGAUUCUGAUGUAGACAGUUUGGCUAGAAAGUUGCAUCCAAGGGGUGCUUUUGGAUUUGAAUGCACUCUGGACAGAGUUAGAGAUGAACUUCUCGGUUAUAAUGAUUUUUCAUUGCAUCAGUUGUCUCUUUCCUAUGGUGGUGUUGGAGCUCGAGGAACACUUGAUGACAGACAUGCUUUAUGUUCUGCAAAAUGUCAGGCACUUGCAAAACUUCUUCCUGUAUUACACCGUGAGGGUCAUCGUGCGCUGAUUUUCAGUCAGUGGACUUCAAUGCUUGAUAUUCUAGAGUGGGCAUUGGACACAAUUAGCAUGACCUACAGUCGAUUAGAUGGGAGCACCCAAGUCUCAGAGCGGCAGACCAUUGUUGACACUUUCAACAAUGAUCCUACAAUUUUUGCAUGUUUACUUUCCACCAGAGCAGGAGGCCAAGGUCUGAACCUAAUUGGGGCAGACACGGUGAUAAUUCAUGACAUGGAUUUCAAUCCCCAGAUGGAUCGUCAGGCUGAAGAUCGUUGCCAUCGUAUAGGACAAACGAAGUCUGUGACUGUCUACAGGCUUGUGACUAAGGGAACGGUUGAUGAGAACAUCUAUGAAAUUGCUAAGCGUAAGCUGGUUUUGGAUGCGGCAGUUCUUGAAUCAGGAGAGGAAAUUGCAAAUGAGACUGAUAGUGAUGCACGGACCAUGGGAGAGAUAUUGGCUGCUAUCCUUGCAUCUACUUCGAGUUAAACAGUUGAUAGGAAUGUUAUCUUUCAGUAGAAAUGGCAUGUCUUAACAUGAUUUAACAGAGUGAGGAGGUCAGUUAAAUAUGGAUUUUUGUAAAUGAAUAUGAAACUUAACAUACGAGGGCCCAGAUCUUAUCGGUAAGUAAUUCAACUGAGGUUCGGAGCUUGCACAAAUAGGAAUUUUUUAAACGGACAUGAUAAUGGCUGUGAUUCUUAAUAUCUGCCAUGUCAGGCAAUGGAUUUCAGAAACUGGAACCCAUUUUCAUGUUCAAUUAAAAUGCUUAUAAAAGCGUUUGUUGAAUGCAAGCUCUGGGUA